AUGCUCAGCCGUGCUGUGCUGCCUCUGCUGAGGCCUCGUGCCGUUCCGCUAUCUAUUCGGGCGUCCUCCUUCACAUAUCCCCCUGCACAUCUGCGAUAUUUCGCCAGUAAUAGCGGCAAAGCUCCUGGGGCUCCGUUUUCAAAUUUCAAAGCAUCCACCACACCCCCUUCGCAUUCGUCCAAUGCGGUUCCUCCCAAACAAGGGCAAGUUUCGGAAAUCCGGCCGGAAUCUGAAUCAAGCGGGGAAUCUCAGAAGCGUACCGCUCCCGAUGCUGUUGACUCAGGAGCAGGAGCCCGGAGUGGGAGCUCCGAUCCACAAUCCGAUUUCUCGAACGGUCAACCGGAGUUUGAGACGGCCGCUGCUUCUCCGAAGGUUGAGUCUCAAAAACCCCUUCCAGACCUCACCCGAGGCAUCCCUUCUACCAUAGCGAAGGAGUUUGAAGCUCGUUCAAAACAUCGUGGUCCAACCAGCCUUAACCUCACGGAGGAAGAUACCGAGGGCGGUGCAGGUGGAGACGUCCCCAAAAACCCGUAUGUGUCAUCGACCGAACGCCGACGAAACAGAGUCAUCAGUAUUGUGUACGCCUUGUUUCUGGGAAGUUGCGUGGGGGCCACAAUAUUCUUAGGCCGCGAUUGGGACACGGAAGAGGAGGAGAAGCUUCAUAAGGAUGCGCCCUCCGGUUGGGGAUUCGGGCUCUUUUUCGCCCGCAUCAAAGCUCGUUUCUCUGAUAUCACAAGUUACUAUAAGGAUCCAGCAUUCGAGAAACUUCUCCCAGAUGAUGACCCGUUAAUGCGACAGCCUUAUACGCUGGUUAUUAGUUUAGAAGAUCUUUUGGUCCAUAGUGAAUGGACGCGGGAACAUGGGUAUCGCGUGGCUAAGCGGCCCGGGGUUGACUAUUUUCUUCGGUAUCUCAAUCAGUAUUAUGAGUUGGUUCUUUUUACUAGCGUUCCCAGUAUGAUGGCCGACCAGGUGCACCGGAAGCUCGAUCCUUUUCGGAUCAUUCGAUGGGUCUUAUUCCGAGAAGCAACCAAGUACGAAGAUGGUGAACACGUUAAGGAUCUUUCGUACCUGAACCGAGACCUUUCAAAAGUUAUUAUGAUCGAUACCCACGCUCCCCACGCCAAACGACAACCUGAGAACGCCAUAAUCCUUGACAAAUGGAAGGGUGACCCCCGCGACAAGGAACUUGUAGCUCUCAUACCAUUUCUCGAAUACGUUGCAAGCAUGGGUGUCGAAGAUGUACGGCCAGUCAUCAAAUCCUUUAAGGAUACCAACAUCCCUCUUGAAUUUGCCCGACGCGAGAAAUUGAUGCGAGAAAAGUUUGAGAAGGAGCUGGGUGAAGAGCGCGCUAGGAAACCCAAGUACAGCGUCAGCAGCAUUGCAUCUCUCCUGGGCAUCAAGCCCACACCUCCAACGACCGACGGUGUUGAUCCGGCUGCUGGUCUGGAGCAAGGCAAGAUGUUGUGGGAUCAAAUUCGCGAGAGGGGUCAGAAGAAUUAUGCGCUGCUUGAGAAAGAGAUUCGGGAGAAUGGGGACAAGUGGCUGGCGGAAAUGGCGGCAGAGGAGGAGAAAUUGAGGGAGGAACAGAUGAAUGGGAUGCGGAACAGUUUUACUGGGUUGUUCGGAUUUGGCGGGAAUGACCAGACGAAGAAAUGA